UUGGUCAAAGGGUUGAUCCAUAAUAUUUAUUUAUGUCAUACCUGUGACGCGUUAACGCUCGAUACUGGUGUUCCGGACUGUGUGAUAACUUUCCGUAUCACACAGGCUUGAAGUUUGUAUCACACACAGUGGCGGCGGCACCGGGGGGGCAGGGGGGGCGGUCGCCCCCCCGGAAAAAAUGUUGGGGGGGCGACGCCCCCCCAAAAAUCAAGCUGAAACCUUUUGUGUAUUUUUCACUUAAAUCCACCACAAAUGCCAAUAAAGAAUCACUGCGUACGGCCAGGGCGUGCGGCACUGCGGUGGGAGAAGCAAGUUAUUUCGCGAUGCUUCCUCGUGAUAAGAAGAGGAGUCAUGUGACACGACAACGCACCAAAUAUGGAAGAAUCGGUGACUCUAUCGCCCGUAAUAUUCGGCGUACCUCGGAGCCUCUCGGAAAUUCUCGGGAAAAAGUCGAAAAUUCCCAGCGGCCAGUGCGGUCAGGGAAAGUUUAGCCCCGCGACUCUCGGACGUGUCCUCAUCAUGGCACCGAAAAGGAAAGCGGUCCCAGAGCGUAAGACGUCCAGGAAGAAACCAACAAUCCCUUCAAUCGAAUCAUUUUUCGCCCGUGUUCCUCAGCAAGAGAACAACAACAACGCCGACGAUUCCCGAAGGGGUGAGCUGCAAAACAAGUCGUCAGAUACAGAGACCACUGUCACUACACAGAUGACGUCAGCAGAGACGGACCGGGAGAAGGCGCCGACCACAGCCACUACACAGAUGACGUCAGCAGAGACGGAGAAGGCGCCGACCACAGCCACUACACAGAUGACGUCAGCAGAGACGGAGAAGGCGCCGACCACAGCCACUACACAGAUGACGUCAGCAGAGAAGGAGAAGGCGCCGACCACAGCCACUACACAGAUGACGUCAGCAGAGAAGGAGAAGGCGCCGACCACAGCCACUACUCAGAUGACGUCAGCAGAGACGGAGAAGGCGCCGACCACAGCCACUACUCAGAUGACGUCAGCAGAGACGGAGAAGGCGCCGACCACAGCCACUACUCAGAUGACGUCAGCAGAGACGGAGAAGGCGCCGACCACAGCCACUACUCAGAUGACGUCAGCAGAGACGGAGAAGGCGCCGACCACAGCCACUACUCAGAUGACGUCAGCAGAGACGGAGAAGGCGCCGACCACAGCCACUACUCAGAUGACGUCAGAAGAUACAGAGACGGAGACCCCGACGUCUGCUAAUUGUGACUGCAAAGGAUGUACCAUGAAAGGUCCUACUGCGUUUCAGCCAAAAGAUCCUGCAGUCCUCGGUACAUUUCAGAACAAGGGCAGAAAGUUCCUCUCCAGCUGGUACACGGACCGCGGGUGGGUCACACUGUGCACACAACGGCGCAAGGUGUUCUGUGCCACUUGUCGCUACGCUACACAACGUAAGCUCUUCGCCCUUUCUACUAAAGUCGAACCUGCCUUCGUAUUUUACAACUCGAGUCUGAAACAGAGAAAAAGAAAGCAGUUAUAUCAAUUAAAGCAUUUCAAUCUUUGUUGGUGAAACACAGGACGGCCCAUAAUUGUGGCCUAGUUUUACAAGACGUAAUACUUUAUUGGGAAUGAAUUGCGUCAGAUGCCCCGCCCUCAAGUCGCGUGGGCCAGUAAGUUUUCCCUGAAGAUGUCACUAAACUCAGCUAUCUAUGUCAGCAAAAUUUGCCGACCAAAAUGCAGGAAAUAGCGUUUCAG